AAUUUUGGAGGCUAAUCAAUCAUACUCUAUUCCCCUGCGGAAGUUUCCUUCUCUCUCUCUCUCUCUCCCAAAAUCCAAGCCGUGCCAUUUGGCUUUUCCACCAACUUCUCUAUAUAGCCACCUUCCACUACAGUAUCUGAUCAUUAUUUAUUUUCCAUGUCCACUUUCUUCUGAAACUCUACUCUGAAUCUAUCUCUGAUAUGGAAAAGCCAUGGCGGAACGAAAGAAGUCAGCGGAGGAGGAAAACUCCGUCCUUCUCUUCCUCCCUCCUGGAAGCCAUUUACCAUUCCAUUGACGAGUCGGUAGAAGAGAAAGAAACGUCGUCGUUCGCCGCCGCCGCGGCGUACAGAAGGAACAACAAUGGCGGCGGCGUUGAAGUUGAAGAGGAAAUCACAAGUCUCCGACGAGCAAUCAUGUUGGAGAAAUGGAUGGAGAGCUACACGAGGAGACACUUCAACUCCGACUCCAGCUCGUCCACGGAUUCCAGCUUGUUUUCUUCGUCGGAGACGGAGUCGUCGGCGGCGUCUAGGUCUACUCCAAAAUCGUCGAUUUUCACGGCGAAAAGUUCGGAGAGGGAAAAGACGGCCGCCGCCGCCUCCUCUGCAACAUUGUGCGCCGGCGAGGUGAAUCAGAAACGCGAAGGGCGGUUCAUGAGGACGAAAUCUAGGGCGCUGAAGAUCUACGGAGAUCUGAAAAAGGUGAAACAGCCGAUUUCACCGGGCGGAAAAAUCGCUAACUUCCUGAAUUCAAUAUUCAACUCAUCGAGAUCAAGCAAUAGCCUGAAGAAACACCCCGCGGAAGCCAUCGAAGAUUGGAGCUCAGUGACGAAGUCUAGAUCAGUGAAGGACUCAACAAUGGCGUCCAGGUCUUGCCUGAACAAGACACCUUCCCGAGCCAAAUCCAAAAGGUCAGUGAGAUUCUGCCCCGUCAGCGUCAUCCUCGACGAAGAUUGCCAGCCCUGCGGCCACAAGAACACAUACGAAAACGACAAGAAUCCAAUGCCAUAUAUCCCUACACAUUACAUUAACCACAGUUUCCGAGAUUCCAGAGAAAUUUACAGCAGUGACGACGACGACGAAGACGUGAGGAGCUGUACUAGCUCAGAUCUGUUUGAACUGGAAAACGUCGGCUCUUUCAGCCGCGUAUUGGAUGCAACGGCGGCGGCAGCGGCGGCGGAUGAACUGCCUGUUUAUGGAACCACCAGCCUUAAACUCAAUCAAGCCAUUGCUAAUGGAUUACGUUCAUGAUGAUGAUGUAACUUGAUUAACAGUUCUUGGAUCAUUUAACUUGAGUGAUUAUAUUAUUAUCUACCUACGGGCUACCCUCUGUAUCAUAUUCAACUUUGUUUAUGAAAGCUUUGCGUUAUGCUUGCUAGUUGCUA